AUGUUAACCAUGAAUAAUGCUAAUAAAAGUACUAAAAAAUGUGGUUAUUUAUCAUACAAAAUUAAAGAUUAUAGAAUUGGUCAAACUUUAGGUAUAGGAUCAUUUGGGAAAGUAAAGUUGGCAAUUCAUGAGCCAACUGAAAAAAAAGUUGCAGUUAAAAUAAUGAGCAAAGCAAAAAUGAAAGCAAUUAAUAUGUAUGAGAAAUCUAUUAAAGAAAUAAGUAUUUUAAAAAGUAUAAUACAUCCUCAUAUUAUAAGAUUAUAUGAGGUAAUUGAUACUCCUUCAGAUAUUUAUAUUAUAAUGGAAUAUGUAACAGGAGGAGAACUAUUUGAUUAUAUAAUACAAAAAGGAAGGAUAUCAGAAGAUGAAUCAAGAAGAUUGUUUCAACAAAUUAUUUCAGGAAUGGAAUAUUGUUAUAUUAAUAGAAUAUGUCAUCGUGAUUUAAAACCAGAAAAUAUAUUAUUAGAUGAGAAUAAUAAUAUUAAGAUUGGUGAUUUUGGUUUAUCUAGUUAUAUUUAUGAUGGGGAUUUUUUAAAUACAUCUUGUGGAUCACCAAAUUAUGCUGCACCAGAAGUAGUAUCAGGUAAAGCAUAUACAGGACCAGAAAUAGAUGUAUGGUCUUGUGGAGUAAUAUUAUAUGCAUUAUUAUGUGGAUCAUUACCAUUUGAUGAUGAAAAUGUUGGUAAUUUAUUUAGAAAGAUUAGACAUGGAGCAUUUAAUUUACCUGGUCAUAUUUCUGAUUUAGCAAAAGUUUUAAUUGCUAAAAUGUUAACAGUGGAUCCAUCUUUAAGAAUUACAUAUAAGGAAAUAAGAUAUAAUACAUGGUUUAGAUAUAAUUUACCAUUUUACUUAGAGCCUCAGUAUUAUCAUUUACUAUUAUAUAAAUUAUCACCUAAAAUUCAAGAGAAAUCAAGUAAAAAAAAAGAAUUUAAUUUAAUCAAAAAUCAAGAAAAUAAAUGUUUAGAUAGUAAUCAAAAUACUAAUAAUAAUAAGAUAAUGAUAAGUAAGGUACUUUCAGAUAAUAUUACUCAAGAAGGAGCAUUAUGGGCUCAAAAGCAGAGAAGGCAUAACAAAUUACACUCAAUUUUUUCAAGGCAAUUACAGAAAAAGAUUGGUGUUUUAUCUCAAAUAUUUUCAAAUGCUUCUAUUCGGGACUCUUCAAAAAAAUCAUCAUUUUUAUUUACUUCUAAUUCUUCUUUUUCACGUUAUAAGGCUGUACAAGAUAAUGGAAAGUCUAAUAUGAAUUUUAACAGAUUAGAUAAAUCAAGAUAUCAUCCAGUAUCUACUGCAGUAAGUAAUUCAACUGUUUCAACUUCAGCUUCUACUAUGAUUAAUAUUCAGAAAUCAUCUUUUAAUAUGACCAAUAACACUUAUAAUACUAAUGUAAUAAAAAGAAGUAAUAGUAAUAAUAAUAAUAAUAAUAAUAAUAAUAAUGCUGGAGCAAGACAAAGCAUUUUUAAAAUGUUAUAUUUAAAAAUAAACAAAACUUUAGUGGAUGUGGAAAAAGGUAGAAGUGAAUUAAAUGUUAUAAAGUACGAGAAAGGAUUCCUUGACAAGGAGGAAACCAAAAACAAUAAAAAUUUGUUUAAUGGGAACAGAAAUGUUAGUAUUAAUAAUUGUGAUCAUAAUGGUAAUUACACUAGUAUAGGUACUAAUAAUAGUGAUGAUAACUACGGUAACAUCUUGGUUAAUUUUAGAAUGGAAGAGAAGAAUGAGGUCAAAAAAAAGCAGGAAAAGGGAGAGUAUGAGAAAAAGAAAGAGUUAAAGAAAUUAGAGAAACAUGAAGAACUUGUUAAUACCCAUCUUUCAGAUGAAAUUAAGCAGGUCAGAUUAAAUGGUAGUGAUAAUGAUAAUUAUAAGAGUGGGAGGUCUCUUGGAAAUUAUACAGAAUAUCAAAGUAUACCUACAGAAUCCAAAAUGGUAGAUGAAAAACAACAAACUUCUUACCGUUCUGAAAAGCUUGAGGAAAGUGAGGAGAAUAACCAAAAAGUGAGAAGAGAAAGUAACGAUGGAUUUAAAAAUAUAGAAAAUAUAAAUAGUGAAAGCAAUUGUAGUGGUAUUAACAGUAAAAGUAAUAAUGGGAGUUAUAGUGACAGCAGGAGUGGUAGUAAUAACAAAAGCAGUGGUAAUAUUAUACCAAUUAGCAUUAAAAUUUCAUCAAUUCCAAUUAAUACCUCUUCUUCUUCGUCCUCCUCAUCCUCGUCCUCAUCCUCAUCCUCGUCCUCCUCGUCCUCCUCCUCCUCUUCUUCCUCUUCUGUAUGCCAAAGCUCAGUAAACACAAAUAAUGGAGCAAAUAGAUGGCUCUUAGGAUUUGAAGUUUCUGGAAACUUAGCAAGAAUUAUCAAAAUAGUCCUAUUCACAUUAAAGUCUUCAAAUUAUGAAUGGAAAUUCAUUUCAUCACAUAAGUUAAGAUGCAGACCAAAAGCUUUUCCAUCAAUAACUAAUUCCAAUAAUAGAAACAAUCAUUUAUUUAGUUCAAAAAUUAAUUUUGAUCAACAUGAAAAUAACAAUGAUUUACACAAUAAUUACCCAUCAAAAUUCAACAUAAAUAAUAUAAAUGUAGAAAAUAUUCCUGCUGAUAAUGUUAUCACUGUACAACUAUUUAAAAUUAAUCCAUUCAAAUAUCUCAUUGAUAUACAAAUUUAUGAUGGACCUUUAAUUACAAAUACUUUUCAAGCAUUUAAACUAACAAGCCACAUAUACUAUAAUCUUACAAAUAAUUUUUAUAUUAAUAUUUUCUAG